AUGGCGCUGCAAAUUCCAACGGUCACGGUCGAUGAUCUCCUCGCUUUCCACGCGCAGCAUUUCCCCCACGCGUCAACGCCAGAACAUAUUCUCUACGGUGUACAUCACGAGGCAGAGACGGCUGAAGAAUAUUAUGACGAAGAGGACGAUGGGCUCGGCUACUAUCCUGACGGCACCAAGCGGACCUUGACUGACGAGCAAAUUGCCAUGUUCCGACACUCGGAAAUCCAAGCCAUCCUUCGCAAACGGCGAUUACAGAAAGAAAACGGCGAAUCUUCUGACUGUAAAUCUACUUCCGAAAAGCCGUCUCCCGAUGUUGCGAGCCCAGCGCAAGAGAGUUCUUCGCAUGUGGUAGACGAUUCGCAGCAGGCUCAGUCAAAGGAGCCAGGGCAAGCAAACAAGCAACAAUGGGCUACAACCAGUGCGAAGAGCAAAGCCAAGGCUAAGAGGAAGAGAGACAGAUAUGCGAAAAGGAGAAAAGAAGUUAGGCUGCAAAAGGGCCUGCCGAGACGAAGGAGUGGUCGCAAUGGUCCAGGCAGUGAUUACAGUGACGACGAGAGUGAUGAGUGGGACCCAUGGCACCAGGCGAAUGGGCCGGAUGCGCAAAAGGACGACACCCUGGAUCUAGACUAUUGA